AAAGUGGGGGAUGAAAGUUGAAUUUGAUUUGAUUUUUCGUGCAACGCUCGCAAAACGCAAACUUAAAAACGAAGGCUUUUGCUUUUGCUGUGUUUGUGAGAGGCAUCCAUGGAGGUAGAGGAUGAUGACUGGGACUUGACCGCAGAAGAACUCGAUUCUCUUGAACGCGACGCUUUCCAGAAAAUUGCUCAACUUCGCGACUCUUCUACCCCUCCUUCUUCUCAACAAUUCAAUCUGCACCAACACCAACAACACCAUUUUCCAAAACCACCUUCUGCCAACCAUUCCCAACCCUUCCCACCAAACCCCAUUUCGGAUUCCCGUCCUCAAAGGGUGGACGCUUUGCCUCAAGGAGGUAGAGCAUUACGCCCCUCAUUGAAACCAGGGACAAAAAAGGAUGAACCUUCUAAAGAACUGCCGAAGUUUUCCGUCAAAUUUUUUCUUCAUUCCAGUGGGCAUGUUGCAGCGAAAUUCCAAUAUGACCAGGUAAUAAUUUCUGCUUUUCGAAGAAUCCCUAGAGCUUCUUGGAAUGCAAAAGAAAGGUUAUGGAUGUUCCCACUUUCUUCCUUGUCAGAAGCAGAGAAGGUUCUAGGAGAAAUAUCUAAUUAUAAAGUUCAGGUGGAGAAUUUAGAUCUUUUAGUGCACCGUGCCAUUGUUUCUGCAUCCGCUGUUCCAGAUCUUCGAGAUCGUUACGACAAGAUCCCUAGUUACAUUGAAUCAAAGCUUUUACCAUUUCAGAGAGAAGGUGUAAGGUUUAUUUUACAACAUGGAGGGCGUGCUCUUUUGGCAGAUGAAAUGGGACUAGGAAAAACUUUGCAGGCCAUUGCUGUAGCUUCAUGCAUUCAGGAGUCAUGGCCUGUUCUCAUAAUUGCACCAUCAUCAUUGCGCCUGCAAUGGGCUUCUAUGAUUCAACAAUGGCUGAAUCUUCCUUCUUCAGAUAUACUUAUCGUCUUACCUCAAAGUGGUGGAUCAAACAGAGGAGGCUUCAAUAUAGUAUCCCCAAGUGCCAAAAGUAACAUUCGUUUGGAUGGACUCUUCAACAUUAUCUCAUAUGAUUUGGUGCCAAAGCUACAGAAUAUGCUCACAACAUUGGACUUUAAGGUUGUAAUUGCAGAUGAAUCACACUAUCUGAAGAAUGCUCAGGCAAAGAGGACUACUGCAACUCUUCCUGUUAUAAAGAAAGCUCAAUACGCAAUAUUGCUUAGUGGAACUCCUGCUUUAUCUCGACCAAUAGAACUGUUCAAGCAGCUGGAAGCUUUGUAUCCUGGCGUAUAUAAGAAUGUUCAUGAAUAUGGUAACCGAUAUUGCAAGGGUGGAGUUUUUGGAGUUUAUCAAGGGGCAAGUAAUCAUGAAGAAUUACACAAUUUGAUGAAGGCAACAGUGAUGAUACGAAGGCUUAAAAAAGAUGUUCUUUCUCAACUUCCUGUAAAGCGUAGGCAACAAGUCUUCUUAGACUUAGCUGACAAGGACAUGAAGCAAAUUAACGCUUUAUUCCGUGAGUUGGAGGUGGUAAAAGCCAAAAUUAAGUCUGCCAAAUCAAAAGAUGAGGCUGAAUCUCUUAAGUUUACUCAAAAAAAUCUGAUUAACAAGAUAUAUACUGAUUCUGCAGAUGCCAAGAUUCCUGCUGUUCUUGAAUAUCUUGGAACUGUCAUUGAGGCAGGUUGCAAGUUUCUUAUAUUUGCACAUCAUCAGCCAAUGAUAGAUGCGAUACAUGAGUUCCUUCUUAGGAAAAGAGUGGGUUGCAUCCGGAUUGAUGGAGGUACACCCGCUGCAUCAAGGCAACAAUUGGUUACAGAUUUCCAGGAAAAGGAUUCUAUCAAGGCAGCUGUGUUAUCCAUUAAAGCUGGAGGAGUUGGAUUAACUUUAACUGCUGCAAGCACAGUUAUCUUUGCAGAACUAUCCUGGACUCCAGGUGACCUAAUUCAGGCCGAAGAUCGUGCUCAUAGAAUUGGCCAGGUUUCUUCAGUAAAUAUAUACUACUUGCUGGCAAAUGAUACAGUUGAUGACAUCAUAUGGGAUGUGGUGCAAUUCAAACUGGAUAAUUUGGGGCAGAUGUUAGAUGGCCAUGAGAAUACCUUAGCUGUCUCCAAUAAUCAACCAUUGAGUAGCCCAUCAAAGCAUACUACUAUUGAGCAUAGCCCUUCAAAGCAGAGAACUCUUGACCAGUUUGUCAGAAGAUGUGAUAACGUGGAUAGAUCAGAACAUCAGCCUGACCCAAAACGGCCCCGUCAGUCAUGACAUGCGAGAUUCGCAAAAUGGAUUUCCAUUUUCGCAAAUAUGUGGCCAGUGGCAAGUGAAUCAGAACUUAAAUGUUGAUGUCUACAUGCAGAAGUUUCCCUGUAGUAUUAACCACAUGUGCUUACAUGGGGAAUUACACCUUUGAUGACACAAAUGCCUUUUGAAGCUGAAAUUCAUUGUACAACAAAUAAUAGAUUUUGAGUAGAACUGACUACACUAAACUAUGUUGCUUAUGCUGGAGAUAAUGGUUUGGUUAUGUGAAAUAUGUAUUGGAAGAAAAUGUUGGUAAAGUCACCCAUCAGAUUUUAGGUUUACACUUGUUCUUAACUUUUUGCUCCCCUAUGUUUCGUUUUAGUUUGGAGCUCUGUACAGUGUAGUACAUUAUCAUAUAUGAAUGAGACUUGUAAAUUUCUUUACUCCAUAUGCAUGUAUCAUUAUAUUUUGUAGAAAGGAAAAGUAUUGGUGACUAA